UCAGCACUUUGAUUUUGGUGUAUAAAAUCCUGAUUAAUUUCUCUGCUUCGACUCACUCUUCUUUAGUCUUCACUUGGCUCUGCUCAGCAUAAAUUUCUGCCAUUUUUGCAAUAAUAAUGGCUUCUCAAAAAGUGGUUGGGUUUGUUGGCUUGGAUGAUAUCAGCUUGGAAUUGGCUUCUUCUCUACUCACUUCUGGCUAUUCCAUCCAAGCAUUUGAGACGUUCAGUCCUUUGAUUGAUAAGUUCUCAAAACUGGGUGGCAAAGUAUGUGAAAAUCCAACUGAGGCAGGGAAAGGAGUAGCUGCUUUGGUCAUAUUGCUAUCUCAUGCUGAUCAAGUUAAAGAUGUAGUCUUUGGUCAUGAGGGUGUUUUAAAAGGGAUAAGCAAAGAUGCAGUGAUCAUCCUCCAUUCAACUAUAUCACCUGCAGAUGUCCAGAAGCUGGGUAUAAGUCUAAAAGAGAACUAUGAGAUAGAUUUUUUUGUUGACAUGUAUGUCUCAAAGGCAGUUUCAGAAGAUUUGAAUGGGAAAUUAAUGAUCAUUUCCUCAGGAGGGUCAGAGUCCAUUUAUAGAGCACAGCCUAUUCUUUCUGCAAUGUGUGGAAAACUUUACAUCUUUGAAGGUGAACUUGGUGCUGGAAGCAAAAGUAAAAUGGUGAUUGAACUUCUUGAGGGAAUUCAUUUUGUUGCCUCUAUUGAGGCCAUUUCUCUUGGUACUCAAGCCGGGAUUCAUCCAUGGAUAAUUUAUGAUAUUAUAUCUAAUGCUGCUGGAAACUCAUGGGUUUUCAAAAACUAUGUUCCCCAGUUAUUAAAGGGUAGCCAAACAAAACAUCAUUUCCUUGAUGUCCUUAUUCAGAAUUUGGGGACUGUUUUAGACGUGGCAAAGUCAAUGGUGUUCCCUAUUCCCCUUUUGACAGUUGCCUAUCAACAACUUGUAGCAGGAUUCUCACAGGGGAAAGAAGAUGAUUCGUUGCUCAAGGUUUGUGAGCUGUUACUUGGUGUAAACAUCAGUGAAGCAGUCAAUGCUGAAAGCUACCGUCCUGAGGAGCUGGCUGCUCAACUUACUGCCAGUUCAGAUUCUGUGAAACGAAUUGGUUUUGUUGGCCUUGGAGCAAUGGGAUUCGGCAUGGCAACUCACCUUUUGAAAUCAAAUUUCUCCGUCCUUGGUUUUGAUGUAUAUAAACCGACACUCUCUCGAUUUGCAAAUGAAGGUGGCUUGAUUGGUGGCACUCCAGCUGAAGUAUCACAAGAUGUUGAUGUGCUUGUUAUAAUGGUCACCAAUGAAGCUCAAGCUGAAAGUGUUCUUUAUGGUGAAAGUGGUGCAGUGUCAGCACUUCCAUCUGGAGCAUCUAUUAUCCUUUGCUCCACGGUUUCUCCGGCAUUUGUCAGCCAACUGGAGCGGCGAUUACAAAAUGAACAGAGGAAUUUGAAAUUAGUGGAUGCUCCAGUUUCUGGUGGUGUAAAGAGGGCCUCUGAUGGAACACUUACGAUGAUGGCAUCAGGUACAGAAGAAGCUCUCAAGCACACUGGUAGUGUCCUUUCUGCGUUAAGUGAAAAGCUUUAUGUUAUAAAUGGAGGCUGUGGAGCUGGAAGUGCUGUAAAAAUGGUAAAUCAACUACUUGCUGGAGUUCAUAUUGCAUCAGCAGCUGAGGCAAUGGCAUUUGGUGCACGAUUGGGUCUAAAUACACGAUUGUUGUUUGAUGUCAUCACAAAUAGCGCAGGAACAUCUUGGAUGUUUGAGAAUCGUACUCCACACAUGAUAGAGAAUGAUUAUACACCACUGUCUGCACUUAAUAUCUUUGUAAAGGAUUUGGGCAUUGUGUCCCGUGAAUGCUCAUCACGAAGAGUCCCACUUCAUCUUUCCAAUCUUGCACACCAAUUAUUCUUGGCAGGUUCUGCUGCUGGAUGGGGUAGAAUAGAUGAUGCUGGUGUUGUGAAGGUGUAUGAAACUCUGACUGGAGUAACUGUUGAAGGGAAAUCUCCAGUUCUCAGUAAAGAAUCAGUCCUAAAUUCCCUUCCACCUGAGUGGCCUGAGGAUCCCAUCAAUGAUAUAUGCAAACUUACUGAAAAUAGUUCCAAAACUUUGGUCGUUCUGGAUGAUGAUCCAACUGGGACUCAAACUGUCCAUGAUAUUGAGGUCUUGACGGAGUGGAGUAUUGGAUCACUUGUUGAAGAGUUCAGAAAAAAGCCUAAAUGCUUCUUCAUUUUGACCAACUCUAGGGCAUUAAGUUCUGAGAAGGCAAGUACACUGAUAGCCGAUAUCUGUAGAAACUUAAAGACUGCAGCUAAAUCAGUUGAGAAUGCUGACUACACAGUAGUGCUGAGGGGUGAUUCUACUUUACGUGGUCAUUUUCCUGAGGAACCAGAUGCUGCUGUUUCUGUACUGGAUGAGAUGGAUGCAUGGAUAAUAUGCCCAUUUUUCCUGCAAGGAGGCCGUUACACUAUAGGAGAUAUACACUAUGUUGCAGACUCUGAUAGACUUAUUCCUGCAGGUGAGACGGAAUUUGCUAAAGAUGCUGCUUUUGGCUAUAAAUCUUCUAACCUUCGUGAGUGGGUGGAAGAGAAAACUAGAGGACGCAUCCCAGCUGGAACUGUUUCAUCUAUUACUAUCCAGCUUUUGAGAAAAGGCGGGCCAAAUGCUGUUUGUGAACAUCUCUGCAGUUUGAAGAAGGGCACAACAUGUAUAGUCAAUGCUGCCAGUGACCGGGAUGUUGCUGUAUUUGCAGCUGGGAUGCUUCAGGCAGAAUUGAAAGGAAAACAUUUCUUGUGCCGGACUGCUGCUAGUUUUGUUUCUGCUCGGGUGGGAAUUAGACAAAUACCUCCAAUUUCACCCAAUGAUGUUGGAAUAAAUAGGGAAAAGAGUGGUGGACUUAUCGUUGUGGGUUCAUAUGUUCCAAAAACGACAAAGCAGGUUGAAGAACUGAAACUGCAAUUUGGUAAUGUGCUGAAGACAAUAGAGAUUUCAGUUGAUAGAGUUGCCAUGAAGACAUCAAAAGAGAGGGAGGAAGAAAUCAAUCGAACAGCUGAAAUGGCAGAUGUUUUUCUUAAAAGUCGUAAAGACACUCUUAUAAUGACCAGCCGAGAGCUUAUUACGGGGAAAACUGCUUCUGAGAGUUUGGAGAUCAAUUUCAAGGUCAGUUCUGCACUGGUGGAGAUCGUUCAGCGGAUAACCACAAGACCUCGUUACAUAAUUGCAAAGGGCGGAAUCACCUCAUCAGAUAUAGCAACAAAAGCUCUUGAAGCAAAACGUGCCAAAAUCGUUGGACAAGCCCUUGCUGGUAUUCCUUUGUGGCAGUUAGGUCCAGAAAGCAGACAUCCUGAAGUUCCAUAUAUUGUUUUUCCUGGGAAUGUUGGUGACAGUAAAGCUCUGGCAGAGGUAGUGAAACGGUGGGCUCAUCCGGGCAGACUUUCAACUAGAGAACUUCUUACGAAUGCUGAAAAGGGUGAAUAUGCUCUCGGUGCUUUCAAUGUCUAUAACAUGGAAGGAGUUGAAGCAGUUGUUGCUGCAGCAGAGGAUGAAAAGAGUCCCGCUAUUUUACAGAUCCACCCGAGUGCCUUCAAGGAAGGAGGAAUUCCGCUCGUUGCAUGCUGUAUAGCGGCUGCAGCACAUGCUACCGUUCCUAUUACGGUUCACUUUGACCAUGGAAGUUCGAAGCAAGAGUUGUUGGAAGCUAUUGAGAUGGGAUUUGAUUCAGUCAUGGUUGAUGGUUCACACCUGCCAUUAGAAGAGAACACUCCUUACACAAAGUACAUCUCUGCUUUGGCACACUCGAAAAAUUUAUUGGUCGAAGCUGAGUUGGGAAGAUUGUCGGGUACAGAAGAUGACUUGACUGUGGAAGAUUACGAAGCUAAGCUGACCGAUGUCAAUCAGGCUAAUGACUUCAUUGAGGCCACGGGCAUAGAUGCGUUGGCAGUGUGCAUCGGAAAUGUCCAUGGGAAAUACCCUCCAAGCGGCCCAAAUCUCAGACUCGAUUUGCUUAAGGAUCUCUAUGAUUUGUGUUCGAAGAAAGGAGUUCAUCUCGUUCUCCAUGGAGCGUCUGGCUUGUCAAAGGAAAUCAUCGAGGAAUGCAUAAAGCUCGGGGUGAGAAAGUUCAACGUGAAUACUGAGGUGCGGAAGGCUUACAUGGAAACGCUGAGUAGCCCCAAGAAGGACCUCGUUCACGUGAUGAACUCUGCGAAGGAAGCCAUGAAGGCCGUGGUUGCAGAGAAAAUGCGUCUGUUUGGCUCAUCGGGAAAAGCAUAUUGAACGCUCCAUUGUAUAUCGAGGCACAGUGAAGGUGACGGUUAAUGCACCCCGGUGCUUGAUCUCUCCUCGAACUAAAACACCGGUUAAUAAUGUCAAUAAUUCUUUGAAUAAUAGGAUGUCAAUAAUUCUUUGAAUAAUAGGAUGCUGAAUUCAACCUGGCUACUGGGAGCUCUGGUGUUUAGUUCAUGAUUCAUUGUUGGACUUUAAAUUUUCCUUCUUUAAUUUGUUCUCAGGAUCAUAUGAUCUUCUUCAGCCAAUUGUGUUUCUGCCUGCUA